UCCUCCCUCUCCCUCCUCUAGCCAGUAAAUCCGAUCUAGGCCGAUUCCUCUCACGUCAAACCACAUGAUCCCAUAAAACAUUCAUCACCUUUCAGUCCCCCCGCCGGAGCAGCCUAAACCAGCCUCGCCAGCGCCGCCGUCCCUCCUUCUCCGAGCCCCGGAUAGCGCGCCCUUUCCCAGUUUGGGAAGCCUCGCCACAAAAAAACAACUACCCGCUCCUCCCUACCCUGACGCCGGGAGGGCAGAAGCGGAGCCGAGGCAAAGCAGGGCGGACGCGCUCGGUGGAUCCAGCGCCUGCCUCUUUUUUUCCUGCGUCGCAGCCGCCGGCGCGUUGGUGUGAGCCACAGCGCGCGGGGCGUCUCCUCCCUCAAUCCCUUCUGCCUGGAUGCUGGCUCCUCCGGCCGCAGGAGCGCUCCGCCUCGCUAGCCCGAUGAGCCAGGCGGGCAUCGGGCUUGUCGCCGGUAAAGGCAGCAGCAGCAUCCCCGUCGUCGUGUUCGCACCCGGGUGGAAGUUUGCAUGAGGCUCCGCUGCGUUUCUUUUGGGAAGGAUUUGCCGCUGCGUCCCCCCCGUUGCCCUCCGAGCCGUGCCUUUCCCGAGCCCCUAAAAUGAAGAGGGCGAUCGCUGAAGGAAGCAAACUGCUAAUUUUGGUGCUGUGCUUGAACUUCCCGUCGGAAGUGGAAUCCUGCCCAGGGGCUUGCGUAUGCUACAGCGAACCCAAGAUCACCAUCAGCUGCCAACAGCAAGGACUUGGAGCCAUCCCCACCGAGAUCCCCAUCCAGACCCAGCGCAUCUUCCUCCACAGCAACAAGAUCACCGUGAUCCGUUCCACCAGCUUCACCUCCUGCCGAAACAUGUCCAUCCUCUGGAUCCAUUCCAACAACAUCAGCCUGAUCGAACCCGGGGCUUUCUACGGGCUCGACAAGUUGGAGGAGCUGGACCUCAGCGACAACACAAACCUGAGGUCCAUCAGCCCUUCCACCUUCCAAGGCCUUGUCCACCUCCAUACCUUGCACCUCGACCGUUGUGGCCUCCUGGAGCUCUCCACGGGGCUCUUCCGGGGGCUAUUCUCUCUGCAGUAUCUCUACCUGCAGGACAACAGCCUGCAGAACCUCCUGGAUGACACCUUUCUGGAUCUUGCUAACCUCACCUAUCUGUUUUUGCACGGGAACAGAAUAAAGAGUUUGUCGGAAAACGUGUUCCGGGGGUUGAUCAACCUGGAUCGGCUCCUCUUGCAUCAGAACCGGGUCAGUGUGAUCCACCGCAGGGCUUUCCACGACCUGGGCAAAGUGAUGACCUUGUACCUUUUUAAUAACAACCUGACGGUGCUCACGGGAGAGACGAUGGCUCCCUUGGUCUCCCUCCAGUAUCUCCGCUUGAAUGGCAACCAAUGGGUUUGCGACUGCCAAGCCCGGUCGCUCUGGGAUUGGUUCAAGCAGUUCAAAGGCUCUUCCUCGGAACUCGAGUGCCACCUGCCCGCUCACCUGGCAGGGAGGGACCUCAAACGGCUGCAGAGCGCCGACCUGGAGGGAUGCAUCGACUCUUUCAACCAGAUCAGAACGAGCGUCUUUAGCACUAAGACCAGGACUGGCAAAUUGCCAACCGCCGACCCUCCUCUAAGCCCCCACGAUGGCGGGCGGAAAUGCUGCCAGCCGGAGAUGGAUAAGUCUUUUAUUUAUGAAGCCAAAGCCAAGGCAGGCCCGUCUUCCCACAGCAGCCGGGCCUCCUCCAACAAUCCCCUCAAGGAUAAGGAAAACAUCGCCAAAACUAAGCCCCAGGUGGAGACGGACCCCUCCAAAAACAGCAGCAACAAACAGAUCAACGACUCCCCAUUUGGGACCUUCCCCAGUGCAGUGGACCCUCCAUUGACCAAUUUGAAACCUGAGUUCCUAGGCCCCAUCGAACCUUCGACAGUCCCAACCAAAAAGAGGCAGGGGUGUUCGAAAAAGAACAAAAGCAGGUCACAGUGUCGCAUGGCUCAGCCCACGCAGAGUACCACCUCACGGCUAAUCCCGAGCUUAUCGAUCUCUCUGUUGGUGUGGAGUCUAUUCUGGUCCUGUUGAAAUGACAAACAUCAUCUCUCUUGU